CCCGCCGGCCCUCCUUUACCCGUCCCUGGGCCGGCCCCUAGCUCGGGAUUGGUCCUUCGGGAAACGCUGAGGGGGCUUCAGUCCCCGCGGCCCAGCUGGGGCCAACAGGCGCGGUUUGCUGGGCUGAGUGUGUCAAGUUGGCCGCCCCUGACAGCUCUCGGAGCCUCGCGCGCGACCGCGACGCCCGCGCGCUGGGACACCCCUGCGCACCCGUCCCUGCCCCAGCACCGGCCACCUCGCGCUCCUAGCCCGGCACCGCGCAGCAAAGCCAGGUAGCCGGCCUCCAGACUGAGGAUAAGCCAGCACCUGCCAAAUUUUUGAGACAGCUCAGGGCUUAGAGGAAGGCUCAUCUAAAUAAAGGCCAGCUAAAGUGACAUUGCAAGGAUUUAAUCCUCUGGCUGCCCUGUGAGUUAAGGCUGAUUUGCAAGAUUCUUCUUUCCUGGGGUCCAGCUUAUCAGUCUCCAGAGCCCUAUGACUUAAGAGCAUAGAGAAGCACAAAAUGAAGCAGGUCAGAGAUAAGCACCAGCAGCAGGGACUUGAGGGCCUUGGAGAGGCUUUUACACACCAUUGUGCAAGAUUUCCUGGCCAUCACGGUAAAUAGCAAACGGGAGCCUAGGACGCAGCCACCUACUAUAAAACAGCAGCCUCCACGUCCAGCCAGAAGUUCAAGUCCCAUCUGGGAAGAGUUAUGGUAACUGGACGUGUGUCUAGUUGUACAGGUAAAGCUUAGAAGUUCACGGCCAGGGAAGGUGGGAAGGGCUGGACAGCCUCUGUCUGUUCUCACUGAGGCUGGGAAGGAAGCUGCUCAGCAAGGAGUUUCUGCCAGCUCCCAGGACAGCUGUGUGGGACACUGAAGUCCUGCGAGCCUCGGUUCUCAUUUCCCACCCACUGGGCCUCUGCCUCCUCUGGAACCUGCCCUGCUCCUGGCUGAGAUGGAGACGUGAACCCGCGAGGACGAUGACCGCAGUGUAUGCAAACGGAGGUGGCCUGGUGAACACCCACAGUGCCAGGUGGGAGCGGCGAGACAGCGCGGAGAGCGGUGGUCAGACAGACUGCAACAAGGAGGGUGAGGAGAGACAGCCCCGCCAGUUGACACCUUUCGAGAAGCUGACCCAGGACAUGUCCCACGAUGAGAAGGUGGUGAGGGAGAUCACGCUGGGGAAACGGAUAGGUUUCUACCGAAUUCGAGGGGAAAUCGGAAGCGGGAACUUUUCCCAAGUCAAGCUUGGGAUUCACUCCUUAACCAAAGAGAAGGUGGCCAUUAAGAUCCUGGACAAGACCAAGUUAGACCAGAAAACUCAAAGGCUACUCUCCCGUGAAAUCUCCAGCAUGGAAAAACUGCACCAUCCCAACAUUAUCCGCCUUUAUGAAGUCGUGGAGACCCUAUCCAAGCUCCACUUGGUGAUGGAGUAUGCAGGGGGCGGGGAACUCUUUGGGAAAAUCAGCACUGAAGGGAAGCUCUCUGAACCAGAAAGCAAACUCAUCUUCUCCCAGAUUGUGUCUGCUGUGAAGCACAUGCAUGAAAACCAAAUUAUUCACAGGGAUCUGAAAGCAGAGAAUGUAUUCUAUACCAGUAACACAUGUGUGAAGGUGGGUGAUUUUGGAUUCAGCACAGUAAGUAGAAAAGGUGAAAUGCUGAACACCUUCUGUGGAUCUCCUCCCUAUGCUGCCCCUGAGCUUUUCCGCGAUGAGCACUACAUCGGUGUUUAUGUGGAUAUCUGGGCCUUGGGGGUGCUUUUGUAUUUCAUGGUGACAGGCACAAUGCCAUUUCGGGCAGAGACGGUGGCCAAACUGAAGAAGAGCAUCCUCGAGGGCACCUACAGCGUGCCCCCACACGUGUCAGAGCCCUGCCACCGGCUCAUCCGAGGAGUUCUUCAGCCUGUACCCUCAGAGAGGUAUGGGAUCAACUACAUCAUGAACAAUGAGUGGAUGCAAGGGGUUCCAUGCCCCACUCCUUUGGAACCUUUCCAACUGGAUCCUAAACACUUGUCAGAAACCAGCACUCUCAAAGAAGAAGAAAACGAGGUGAAAAGCACUUUAGAACAUUUGGGUAUCACAGAAGAGCAUAUUCGAAACAACCAAGGAAGAGAUGCUCGAAGCGCCAUCACAGGGGUCUAUAGAAUCAUUUUACAUAGAGUGCAAAGGAAAAAGGCUUUGGAAAGUGUCCCAAUUAUCAUACUACCAGACCCUAAAGAAAGAGACCUUAAAAAAGGGUCCCGUGUCUACAGAGGCAUAAGACACACAUCCAAAUUUUGUUCGAUUUUAUAAAUUACAUCAGACUGCUGGGAAUUAACCAAGAUCAUUGUUGCUGCUUUUAAAUUUUUUUCACGGACAACUUGGGUGGAGACAUUUUUGUAAUUUUUAAAUAAAUUUAAAUUUGAGGUAUGCAUUUUUUUCUCCUAAAAGU